AUUUGUUUCAAGGAAAAGAGACUCGACUAAAAUUAAAAUUACGAAAUGGCCCUUAAACCUUAAUCCAAUUAGGGAUCUUAGUAGUUAUUAGAAGCAUAUGCAUUUGCUUGUUGGGAAGUUGGCCCCUCUUCAGUUAAUGCUGUUUUUGUGUACAGAUAGAUAGAGCAGCCUAAGGCCUUGACUCCAACAUACCGUCAUCAAUGCCUCCUCCUCCUCCUCCUCCUCCUCCUUCUUCUUCUUCUCUUUUCCUCUUUACAUUCUUCAUCUGUGAUAAAGACCCAUAUCUUACAUCCAUUUUUCACGGCUUCAAUCGCCACUAUUUUUGGCUUUUUUCUCUUCUCCUUCAAAUGGCCUUUUCUCCCUUUCUUGUUCUCUUUAAUUUGCUGUCUUUGUCUGAUGGGUCUGUGAGAUCUUGUGCUGUCCUCCAUUAAUCCUGGGGCUGUGGGAUCUUCGAAUUUUUUAGGUGGGUGUCGUUGUUUUGAAUAGUUUCUUCUUGCGAUUUCGAAUUUAAACACCCCUUCCCUUGUAGUUUCCGUCGAGCUGAAGAUUAGACCCACUUAAUUGACUUUUUUUUUUUGGUUCCUUUUCACACUUACUGGGCUUUGAUUUUUUUUUUUCUUUCUGUUUUCGUUAUUUUAAUUGCGUUUUGUUGUUGGGUGGGGGUAGAUGAACGAACUCUGUCGGAAAGAGCAAUGCAGCAUUUAAAUAUUUCGAUUUUUUUGAAGUUCAUGAUUUUUCAUAUGGUGGUUGGAUGAAGUUUUUAGAAACUGGUGGAAUUUGAAAAACCCUUUUCUUCUUUCGCUUUUCUUUAACGGUGAUUAGAAGAAAGCAGAGCAUUCUUGUCUGAGAAUUGGAGUGAAGAAUUGGCCAACAAGCUUGUCAACCAAUCUAAAACUCUUGACAUCUCUGAUUUGGUUUAGAUAUUAGUUCCAACUACUUGAUCUGUAUGCUGUAAAUUAUUUGAACAACCCACAGAAGUAUAAGCUUCUUGAAGAAUUGCAUAAUUUAGAGUCUUCAUCUUCUUCUCCUGGGGUUGUUUCUUUUCUUUUGUUUCUCUGGGACUGGUUUUUCUUCGUUGAGUGAGACAAUGAGUCCCUCACAUACAAAUGGUUCAACUCAUAACUGCAAUGGAUUGGAAGAUAAGCUUGAUGAACUCAGAAGGCUUAUAGGUAAGUCUGAUGGUGAUCCAUUGAGGAUCGUUGGUGUGGGAGCUGGAGCAUGGGGGAGUGUUUUUGCAGCUCUGCUUCAGGAUAGCUACGGUCAAUUUCGAGAGAAGGUUCAAAUCCGGAUAUGGAGAAGAGCAGGAAGAGUUGUGGAUAAAGUCACAGCAGAACACCUCUUUGAAGUGAUCAAUUCAAGGGAAGAUGUGCUGAGGAGGCUGAUUAGGCGAUGCGCUUAUCUAAAGUACGUCGAAGCAAGGCUAGGUGAUCGGGUGCUGUAUGCAGAUGAGAUUUUGAAAGAUGGAUUUUGCUUGAACAUGAUUGACACACCACUUUGCCCUUUGAAGGUGGUUACUAACUUGCAGGAGGCUGUUUGGGAUGCUGACAUUGUGGUCAAUGGCUUACCCUCCACUGAAACCAGGGAGAUUUUUGAAGAGAUAAGUAAAUAUUGGAAAGAGAGAAUUACAGUGCCUAUUAUCAUCUCUUUGGCAAAGGGUAUAGAAGCUGCUCUGCAACCUGUACCCCACAUAAUAACUCCUACUCUGAUGAUAAAUCGUGCAACUGGAGUGCCUAUAGAGAAUAUAUUGUAUCUUGGUGGACCAAAUAUUGCCUCGGAGAUUUAUAACAAGGAAUAUGCAAAUGCUCGAAUUUGCGGAGCUGAGAAGUGGAGGAAACCCCUUGCAAACUUUUUGAGGCAACCUCAGUUUAUUGUCUGGGACAAUAGUGACCUUGUGACACACGAAGUCAUGGGUGGUCUGAAAAAUGUCUACGCUAUUGGAGCAGGAAUGGUGGCAGCCCUUACCAAUGAGAGUGCUACCAGCAAAUCAGUAUAUUUUGCUCAUUGUACCUCAGAGAUGAUAUUCAUUACUUACUUGCUAGCUGAAGAACCCGAGAAGCUAGCUGGGCCUUUGCUCGCUGACACGUAUGUGACCUUGUUGAAAGGUCGUAAUGCCUGGUAUGGGCAAAUGCUGGCCAAGGGUGCACUUAACCUAGAUAUGGGUGAUAGCAUUAGUGGCAAAGGGAUGAUUCAGGGAGUUUCUGCUGUUAGUGCUUUCUAUGAAAUUCUGAGUCAGUCGAGCCUUAAUGUGUUGCAUCCUGAAGACAACAAACCUGUUGCUCCUGUGCAACUUUGUCCCAUCUUAAAGACAUUAUAUAAAAUACUGAUUAAAAGGGAUGGAACACCUCAAGCUAUACUUGAAGCAUUGCGAGAUGAGACUUUGAAUGAUCCCCGAGACCGCAUCGAGCUAGCACAAAGCCAUGCUUUCUAUAGGCCUUCACUUCUUGGUCAACCUUGAGUUGUAGAUUCUAUGAAAAAACUUAGAACUCAGUAAACUUGUGAACUGUUUAGUAAUGUAUAGUCUAUAGGUUUCUUUCUUAGUCCUAUAGACAAUAGUUAUAUAUCACAUGGAGAAAGUUGUAAUAUCUUAAUGCAGAAUUUUAUUCACCCAUUUACUGAUGUUUCACCAUUGAUGAUUCAAA